CACUUGCUCAGCUGAAGGAAGUGGUGGUGGUGGUAAAAGUCCGCAUUAUUUAUCGUCUCCAUGUUGUUUUGUCGUUUAUAGUUUAAUUUUUCCAAAAAUUUAGGCAUAUAACAAUAGUAUUCUAAGCAUUUUAGUGUAAUGGGGGAAGAAAAUAAUAAAGAGAAAGACCGGCGUUCGAGCGAGCGAGAGCGCCGGAGACGGUCCCGUUCGAGAGAACACAGACGUAGGUCGAGGUCGCGAAGUCGUGAACAGCGCAGGAGACGUAGCAGAUCUGGUUCAAGGCAUAAGAAUCAUUCGCGUCGUCGUAAGCCUUCCUUGUACUGGGAUGUGCCUCCACCGGGCUUCGAGCAUAUCGCACCAAUCCAGUAUAAGGCCAUGCAAGCGGCCGGUCAAAUACCUGCGAACAUUGUCGCCGACACUCCACAAGCCGCCGUGCCCGUAGUGGGCUCGACGAUAACACGCCAAGCUCGUCGUUUAUACGUCGGCAACAUUCCCUUUGGCGUAACUGAGGAAGAGAUGAUGGAAUUCUUCAAUCAGCAAAUGCACUUAAGCGGUUUAGCGCAAGCCGCCGGAAAUCCAGUUUUAGCUUGUCAGAUCAACUUGGACAAAAAUUUUGCGUUUUUAGAGUUCCGUUCGAUUGACGAAACGACUCAGGCGAUGGCAUUUGAUGGCAUCAAUUUUAAAGGUCAAAGUUUAAAAAUACGUAGGCCGCAUGAUUAUCAGCCUAUGCCAGGUAUGUCAGAAACAGCUCUGUCGGUACCAGCUGGCGUAAUCAGCACAGUUGUGCCUGAUUCGCCGCACAAAAUAUUCAUCGGCGGCCUUCCCAAUUAUUUGAACGAAGAUCAGGUUAAAGAGUUGCUAAUGUCAUUUGGUCAACUGCGCGCCUUCAAUCUGGUGAAGGAUUCUGCCACCGGUCUUAGUAAAGGUUACGCAUUUGCUGAAUAUAUCGACAUUACUAUGACGGACCAGGCCAUCGCCGGUUUAAAUGGAAUGCAACUGGGAGAUAAGAAGCUGAUUGUACAGAGGGCGAGUGUCGGUGCGAAGAAUACCACGAUUAUACCGAGUGUACAGAUUCAGGUGCCCGGGCUCAGUUUGGUCGGCGCGUCCGGACCCGCAACCGAAGUGCUAUGUCUUUUGAAUAUGGUCACGCCGGAUGAGCUAAAGGACGAAGAAGAAUAUGAAGACAUUUUAGAGGAUAUCAAAGAAGAAUGCAACAAGUACGGUGUCGUGCGAAGUAUUGAAAUUCCCAGACCUAUCGAGGGAGUCGACGUACCAGGAUGCGGAAAGGUAUUUGUCGAGUUUAAUUCGGUUUUAGAUUGUCAGAAAGCACAGCAAGCGUUAACGGGGCGAAAGUUCAGUAAUAGGGUUGUUGUCACUUCGUAUUUUGAUCCAGAAAAGUAUCAUCGGCGAGAAUUUUAAGUGUAGUUUUAGGGAAAAGAAAAUGCAGUUUCUCGCGCUUAGUAUUGUAUUCUGAAUUAUAAUUGCGUUAUUAUGGACUACAAAACAUUCUUCAGUGUAAAUGGAGCUUGUGAAAUUUUAAUUAAGAUUUCUGUAAAAUAUUUUAUGAGACAAAUCUGUUUUUGGAACAAAAUUAACUUCCAAUUAAACUGUAAUCAGUGUGUAAGAAAUAUUGCC